AUGGAAAAAAGUUGGAUGGAAGAGCGUAAUAGAUCAAGUCUUACGUAUGUGGCAGGCAUCAAUUCAUUUCUCGGCAUGGCACGAGAUCACCUUGCCAGCAUACUAGCGGACAAGUGUCGCUGUCCAUGCAGAGACUGUUUAAAUGCAAGACCGCCUGUCCCGUUAGAAGAUGUUGCCGUGCAUUUGGCUCGAUAUGGCAUUGCAGCUAGUUACAGAAUAUGGGUACAUCAUGGAGAAGUAGCCAUGCCUCCGCAAAACCAGUUUGUAUCUAGUCUUGAUGAUGAUAUGGCAACCAAUGAAGGAUCUGAUAAUGAAGACAGAAACGAGGCAACUAUUGAAAUACUGAAUGACGUCCGCUUACCAAAUACAUAUGAUAGUCAAGGAGCCUUUGCUGGUGGUGAAACGGAAGGUCUGGGUGAAUCAAAUUCUGGAAAGUUCGCUAAAUUGUUAGAUGAAGCUGAACACGAGUUGUAUCCUGGUUGUAAAGAUUUUUCGGCGCUGACUUUUCUCGUAGAGUUGAUGCAUAUUAAGGUACUCGACCAGAUGAGCAAUAAAGCAUUUGAAAUGCAACUGGAGUUGCUCAAAGAAGCUUUUCCGAAGGAGAAUAGGAUUCCAUCUUCAUAUUAUGAAGCUAAGAAACUGUUGGGUGGCUUGGGAAUGGGUUAUGAAGCAAUUCAUGCAUGUCAGUACGACUGUGCUUUGUUUUGGAAAGAGCAUAAAGAUAGGGAGGACUGUCCAGUAUGUAAUGAUCCUAGGUACAAACACGAUGACGGGAAGGGUACCAAUAUCCCGCACAAGGUAUUGCGAUAUUUUCCCUUAAAGACUAUACUGAUGAGGUUGUUUGCUAGUAGACACACAACUGCUGACAUGAGGUGGCAUGAAGACCAACGCGAUAAAACAACACCGGAUUUGUUAAGACAUCCAGCUGAUGCGGAAGCGUGGAAGGAUUUUGAUGACGAAGAUGAUGAGACAUUGAAUGAAUACAAUAAUGACAUUUUGGAUGCCGACGAGAUAGUGGUGAAUGGUGAAGACAGUGAUAUAGAGUGA